AUGGUUACCCUGCCCUUCGAGUCCUCCAGCCUCCUCCUCUUCCCUAACGAAGACAAUGUAGAUCUAAGACAGACCUAUACUCCACUUUCUUCAUCAACAGAAUAUGCAAGUUCUAUAGAUUCUUCACUUUUCUAUGCACCAUGGUCUACUUAUGGAGAUGAUAUUAAACAACCUUCUAAUUCUCAGAUCAAUAUAAAGAACAGGAUUCAAAAUGAAAGAAAUGACUAUGGCAGUGAAACAGACUUAUAUGGACUUGUGUCUAACAUUUUGGAAGAACAAGAUAAGUCACAGCCAUAUUUUCCUGAAGGGACCUGCUCCUCUAAUCUAAAAUCAGUUUGGCCGAUGAAUACAAGCAGAUUUGUAGAUCACCAUGACCUCUUAACAGAAACCAAAAGGCCAAUAGACACAGCUGUCUCUCAGCAGUCUUUUUAUAGUGGUGAAUCCGUGUCAGCAGUGGAAAAACAAUACGUUCAUAAUAAUAAUCUCCCAUCACAACAAAAAAUAGAUGAACUUUAUCAUGGAUUUACUGGUUUAGACCUGGAUGAACAAUGGAUGUAUCCCUCACGAAGUGAUCAUUCUAACUGUUACAACAUUCAGACAAAUGAUACAACUAAGGCAACAUUCCAAGAGUAUCCAUUUAUCAAGAACUGUCUUGUACCACAAACUUGUGUGUCUGAUAUUGUGAAAGAAUCAGGAAUUGAUACUUACCCUUAUGGAAGAGAGAAAAUAUUUGCUAAAGGUCUUGAAGCACCAUUACAACAAAAAAGGGCAGAGACGUUUCUUUCCCAGUUUAAUAGAUACAGUGAAAAUGCAGAUUGUUGCAGGUAUCCAGAAUAUACUCAUCCUCAUAAAACUAAGCUUAAUAAAUGUUCAAAUUUCAGUGCCCAAGAUGGUAAAAAACUAGCCAAUGGCACACCUGAAACACCAACUGUCGAAGCAGAUACCUAUACAAAGUUAUUUCAGGUUAAAUCGGCAAGUCAGAAAAAAAUGGAGGACACACUGUCUGACCAGCAGAAUUUCACAUUUCCCAAAACCACACUACAUCUGGCAGAAAAACAGUUUGCAAAGGAAACAGGAUUCACUGCUGAUUUUGCCUUAAAGUCAGAAUAUGGACUAAAACCUCACACAGCUUGUCCAGCUAAUAAUGACUUUGCCGUCAGAGAAAAGCAACAAUUUACUAAACCUGAGACCCCAAAUUCUGAGUAUUUUAAAUCAGUGAAUUUAUUAUCAAACUCAGCAACAUCUGCAGGAGGUAUCGGUUUAAACAGACCAACUUGGAUGAAUGUUCAAACAAAAAAUAACACUGCUAUUCCUUAUCGAAAUCAAGGUAACUUGAUGAAAUUAAACAGUCAUUUAAGUGCAGCUUCAAAAGGUUCUAACCAUUCUUCAGAUUUCUCCCAGCUACCCUCCACAAAUUUGACCCCAAAUAGCAAUUUAUUUCAGAAAUAUUGCCAAGAAAACCCUUCAGCAUUUUCUAGUUUUGAUUUCAAUCACAAUGGUGCAGAUAGAAUUCAAUCUAUCAAUCACAUGGAAGGACUAACAAAGACUGGAGAAGAAAAUCUCUUUGAAUUGGUUAUGGAUAAAAAAAUAAAGCAGCCAAAUGGAUUUUGUGAUAAUUAUUCAUUUCAGCAGUAUGGGAUCACUGAAAAUGUAAACAAACAUAAUUUUCAAGCCAAGCCCCAGAGUGGACAUUAUGAUCCCGAGGAAGGUCCAAAACAUUUAGAUGGCUUAUCUCCAAAUACAUAUCAAGAGCUGUUGGAGGCACAGGGGCAUUUUAAUAGCCACAGACAAGGAAGUGGAGACAACAAUAUUAAUGGCCGUGUGAAUCGCACACAGGCCUCAUGCUUCCCUAAUAAUUAUAUGAUGGGAGAUUUAAGGCACAAUCAGAGUUUUCAACAACUUGGUUCAAAUGGGUUUCCCCUAAGAUCUACUCACCCAUUUGGCCAUUCAGUUCUUCCGCUGUUGGAUUCCUAUGAUUUGUUUUCUUGUGAUGACUUAAGCCACUUCUAUCCUUAUUUUAAUGAUAUGAUGUGUGGUGAUAGUUCCUUUUCUGGUUUUAUGCCAACUUUUGGAUUUCAAAGACCAAUUAAAACCCGUAGUGGACCAGCCAGCGAACUCCACAUUCGUCUAGAGGAAUGCUAUGAACAGUGGAGAGCACUAGAAAAGGAGAGGAAAAAGACUGAAUUAGCCCUUGCCAAGAGUUAUCCAGGAAAAAAAGUGUCCAGUACUAACAAUACUCCAAUUCCAAGACUGACUUCUAACCCAUCUAGAGUUGAUCGCUUAAUUGUGGAUGAACUUCGGGAACAAGCAAGAGUUAUGACAUUACUAGGCAAAAUGGAGCGUCUCCGGAGCUCUCCCCUUCAUGCCAACAUCUCUACUGCUCUCGAUAGACACUUGGAGUCCAUUCACAUCGUACAGUCACGCAGAAAGGAUGAGAUUGUUAAUGCUUCAAAUCGGCAAAGGCAAGGAGGGCCAAGAUGCCAGGAUGACAGAGAGAUUUUUGCCCUUGCUUCAGCAAUUAAAGAGAUGUGUGUGGCCACUCGGAAAGCACGCACGACCCUGUGGUGUGCACUGCAGAUGACCUUGCCGAAGACAGUGAGCACAGCUGGCCAAGCAGAUGUGGAUAAAGUUUUACAGGACAUAGUGAAUGACAAUAAGUUCUGUGAUAGCAUGAAUAGCAUCAAUCCAGUGAGCCAGAGAGGUGACACAAACAUUAAGGAAAGGCCGCAGAAGGAAGAAUGAAAAGCUGAUAAGUAAAUUUAUCAA